ACCAAACACCAAACAUGCCCGGGGCGUUUUACUAAAAACUGACUGAUCCCAACAAUUCAGCAAUGAGUACUCCCCGCUAUUGGAUAACCGGAAGUUGUUAAAAGCAUUCUAAAAAAAUGGCGACCCUGAACGUGGAGGAUAUUUCGAAGAUGAAGGUGGCAGAUUUGAAAAAGGAGCUUAAGGAACGCGGUUUAACAUUGUCUGGAACAAAAGCCGAGCUUGUUGAGAGAUUGCUAGCCUCCAUGAAUACAGAUGAUGACGGUGUGGCAACUGGGGACAGUGUAGAUGCAAGUAUUGAGAAACCUACGGAAGAUUUCCAAGUAACCAGCAAACCUGUCAAGGCAGUUGCUGAACCAAGUGAAACACCACCAGUAACUAUAGUGGACUCAACAGAAGAUGAUAAAGACAAGAAAGCGGCUUCUGUCCGUGGGAUGUCUGAAGCAGAGAGACUAAAAGCUAGAGCAGAAAAGUUUGGAGGAUCACUGUCAGAUGCAGCUAAGAAACAAAUGAGAGCUGAAAGAUUUGGCUUAGAUUCCUCAUCUGUCAAGUCAAGCAGCACAGCAGGUUCUGGCACAGUAGGCUCCACCCUUGGCUCUGGUGAAAAUGUUGAUAAAAUGAAGAAAAGGGCAGAGCGGUUUGGUGUUGUUACCUCAGAAAAACUGUCAAAGGUGGAAGAAGAUGAAAAAAGGAAAAAGCGGCUUGAGAGGUUUGGAGGUGGAACAUUGUCUGCACCUACAGAUGCAAAGACGGUGAAGCUUACUGCUUUGGCUGAUGUUAACAUUGAUGAAAGGAAGCGGAAACGGGCAGAGAGAUUUGGUCUAACCUGAUGCAUUGUUCAGUGUAAAGCAAGAUUUACAACUUUGAAGGACCAUCUUCACAUAAAGCAUUUGCAUUUUUCAUGAUUAUUUCAUGAAAUUCUCAUUAGAAUCUGUCAUUUGUAUUUUAAUAAUCAGAAUAGAGCCGUGAAUUUUAUAUUAAAAUAAACUGAACACUGAAAAAUGA